AGUACAACACAUUAAACGGUAAAACUCCAUCGCAGGAGGGAGGCAGAGCCGCCGCUGUUGCGAGACUCACUUCCGAAUUGAUUCGCGCAACCCACAGCAGAUUGAGAGGGUGCUGGAAAUGGUGAAUAAAGCAUGGAAAAUAAUCCCAAGACCAGUGCUGGAAACAGUGCUCCACAACCACGCGCAGCGCCACCGAGUUCCUCAGCCUCUCAUCGUCCACGGCCCCAGAGGCGUCGGCAAAACCACUCUCGUCCUCGAGCGUCUUCUUCCUGAGUGGAACAAAGGCCCUCACAUCACUGGUUACGUGGACUUGGCUCAAUCAGUCAAAGACCACCACCCAGAUCACAACUCCUCAUAUCCCUGGACGUCAUGGUCCAAUUGCCCACCACCCAGUUUGACAAAUCUCCGGACUCAGCUCGAGCUAUGUCUCGAAUCCAUGGCUGAGAAGGCUGUCCGACUCGGCACCAUUAGCUCCCAACAAAUCUUCACCACUUUGAACAAAUGGCACAGUCUCAACACCGCACUUCGCCGUAUUAUUGAAAGUAAUAAGAGCUCGAGCAAUGCGGUUUCCGAUAAGAUUUCCACUUCUGCUUUGUGGGAUCGGGCUCUUUUCGCUCUAUCUGCUCGAUGGAAUGCCGCUGAGAUUGAUAGGGUUAUGGGAUUGGGAGAGAAGGGGAAGGCCGUGUCAAUGGAAGAGGCUUCGUAUUUUAGGGAAGCGAUGGUGGGGUUGAGGUUAGCGAAGGAGGUUAUUAAGGUUCAGCAAGGGUGGCGAGCCAAUGCUGUGGCUCAUUUGGAUCGGUCUGGUGGUUAUUCGAGGUCCUUAGCCCAUUCUGCUACUGAUUGGCCUUGUUUGUUGUUGGAACUAUUAUCACAGGCAGCGGAGAUUGGGUUUUUUCAGCCGAAGCUGAUAAUUAACAAUAUUGAUGUUCUUCGCCAUGCAAUUUUAACGGAUGAUUCAACAGUGUGUGCAUCGAUGUAUCAUGACAGCUUGCUGUGGAGAAUAAUAGCUUUGGGUGUGAAUGAGAGGUGUUUGCCUGUUGUGCUUGUAACUUCAGAUAGCUACUAUUCAUACCAAGCCUAUUUGGAUUUUGGAUUUCCAGACAUAUUCAUAUCUCGUGAGACCUUUGGAUGGACUCCACAAGAAGCUAAACUGCAUAUGAUCACAGAUUAUUUCAGUCAUUCUGAGUUGGCAGUGAUAGCUGAUGUUCUUGGGCCAAACCCUCGGCAUCUAUUUGAGCUUUAUGCACUUAAACAGAGCAAUUAUUAUCAAAAGGUCAUGGAAGACAGUGGUAGUACAUUUGAGGACAUCAUAGAUGCAUAUUUGUCAUAUUUGCAAAUUACUGUGGUGAAUCCUGCCAUGGAUAAAGCAUUGAAACUCCUGGAAAAGUUUGCUGUUGAUGCACGAAGUGGAAGGAUUCCAGAAGAUAGAUUACGUUUUGGUGCUCCUUGGAGACACCCUCCACGUAUAGACAACCCUACUUUGUGCUCGGAGUGGACGAAGCUUCAAUUAAUUGAUUUUGUUCAAUCUCUAGUAAAUGCGGAGUUUGGGUUCAAUUAUCUAGCCGACUGUAGCCUUGAGAUCCUUGAUGAUCCUUCUGCUGUUGCCUUGGUAGAGGUUGGUUUGCUGUAUGCUCAACGGGAUCCAUCCUUCAUUCGCCCCAUAUCCCUGGGUAUUCAGAGGUGUCUUGUGAGAUGGCUUGUCCAGGAGCGGAUGCAGAUGAGCUUCCAACAGUCGUUCUGGUAUCUCUGGCACCGAAUCAUUCGUGGCCGUAGUUAUCGCCAUUUGCUGCUACAAAAGGGCUAUAAUUAUAGAUAGAGAGUGACUUUUUGGCAAGGCUUAUUCAUUUAGUGAUGCAGGCAUUUUUCUUGUGUGUCACACAAGAUUUUCUUCAGUGUGCAGACAAUGUGGGGAGCAGCCAAGGCUGAUUCUCAUGAAAUUGAUAUACUGCCAUACUGAAGCAAUUUACUAGUUUUAAAUAGUAUUGAAGAUUCAAAGCUUGAAGGCUGUACUAAACAACAUAUUCUUUGGCAUUCCAAGAUGACACUUGGCAUGUCCUGAGGUGAGUUUUAGUUGUCACCAUCCUCGUGAAUUGAUCGAGGACCUCACUCAUAAGGAUUCAUAGGAAGUUUUCUGCUUCUUAUCACACCAACAGUUUCAAUCAGCGAUUAGAUUUUAAAGGGAGAAAAAAAAGGAUAAAAUAAAAAGAAAAGAUGGAAAGAUGGAAAGAUGGAAAACAUGCUUUCUUCUUAGAGAUCAUUGCUUUAUAGCUAUUGCUAUAUAGAUAUAUCAGCUACUAGAUUAUACUAUUAAUUUGAGUAAUGGUUGUUGAUUCAAACUUACCUGUACCUUGUUUGCUUCUGUGAAGUUGAACACUAUGCAUAAAAUUUUCAUA